AUGUUCACAUUGCCAAAUACAAAUAAAGUGGCUAGAUAACAUUUGGUUCAUUUAACUCCUGCUGACCAGAGCCAGAGGAAAUGCGCCAUAUGAAAGCACUUCUUUUCAGUCUUUUCUUACUAAUGCAAGCAUGUGGGCCACUUCUGGCCCAAAUAGAGCCCACAAAAGAACCUGACUCACCAGGACUGCUGCAGAAGCUGGCAGAGAGGGUCAGGGCAGCCAAAAAUAAAAUCCUGGUGCUUGGGGAACUAACACAAGGCUUUGCUGGUGCUUAUUAUGAAGACCACAUUCAACCGGUGACUGACAGCUAUGUUAAAUGGGCCUCUGGUGUCAAAAGCUCAGUGUGGGAGAGGAUUCAAACUACCAUCGGCCACUACACACCGUUUAACACAACUCGAGUUGAUUAACUCACUUAACGAGAAGCUGAGAGUAAAUCAGUAUUCUUACUAAACGUCAUGGCUUCACUGCUGAAGUGAUCCUAAUUUAAUGUUUAUCAUUAGGCUUGUACUAAUGUAUGAUGCAUAAAAAAAAUCAAAUGAGUUGUUAAUAAAUAUCCUUACAACAUAUC